AUGGAACAAAAUAAUGGUACUGAAGUGACUGAAUUCAUUCUCCUGGGAUUUGCUGGUCAAGAGAGGUUUUGGCAUAUCCUCUUCAUAGUAUUUCUAGUGAUCUAUGUGGUCACCCUCGUAGGUAAUACUGGGAUGAUCCUACUCAUCAAGAUUGAUUCUGGCCUUCACACCCCUAUGUACUUCUUUCUCCAACACUUGGCAUUUGUCGAUCUCUGUUACACCUCUGCCAUCACUCCUAAGAUGCUGCAAAACUUCAUAGUUUCAGAUAAAUCCAUCUCAUACACAGGCUGUGUGGUGCAAUUACUAGUCUACGGGACUUUUGCAACAAGUGACUGUUACAUCCUGGCUGUUAUGGCGGUGGACCGUUACGUGGCCAUCUGUAAACCACUUCGCUAUUCCAUUGUCAUGUCCCGGAGACUCUGCAUUCAGUUGUUAGUUGGUUCUUAUGCCAUGAGUUUCCUAAAUGCCUCUGUAAAUGUGAGUUUUACUUUCUUGUUGAAAUUUUGUAAAUCCAAUGUAAUUAACCACUUUUUCUGUGAUGAACCCCCAAUUCUUGCUUUAUCAUGCUCCAAUAUAGACUUAAACAUUAUGUUACUAACAGUUUUUGUGGGAUUUAACCUGACGUGCACUGUGAUGGUCGUCAUCUUUUCCUACAUAAAAAUCCUGGCUGCCAUCCUGAAGAUGUCUUCUGCUGCAGGAAGGAAAAAAGCCUUCUCCACCUGUGCCUCCCACAUGACAGCAGUCACCAUCUUCUAUGGGACUCUCUCUUACAUGUAUCUGCACCAUGGUACCAGUGAGUCUCAAGAGCAGGAAAAAGUGGCUUCUGUGUUUUAUGGUGUUAUCAUCCCCAUGUUAAACCCUUUGAUCUACAGCCUGAGAAACCAAGAUGUAAUCAAAGCCCUGAAAAAGAUAGGAAAGAAAUGCUUUUAA